CUGGGUUCAAGCGAGAGGGAGUAACUUCUUAUGUGGACUAAUAUUCUUCGUUAUUGUUGCCCUCCUUCAAUUUAUCGUUUGUCAGUUUCAAUCUCUAUACUAAUAGACGGCCUGCUACAGAUAAAUCACUUGGAUUAUCGUGAAUCAUUCACAAUUGGAGUAUACUAAAUCGGUGCGAUGUCGCACAUUCCAAAGUCAUUUCAUUGGAGUGCCCACAGUUACUGUAAAAAGAUGAAGCAUCCACAGUCGAUCAUUAAGAACUCAAUUGGACUAUGCCCCGAUCGCGAGAGUCAGGACUACGAAUCUUUUCAUUUCUUCGAAGACGAAAUUGAACAAGAUUUCUAUGCAGCUCCUGCGCCAAGUGAGGAUAUUUGGAAAAAGUUUGAACUGAUCCCAACACCACCUCGCUCACCUAGGCGGGAUGACGAAGAUGACACUGACAUUUUGGAUAUGGUUGAUGGAAUCUUUUCACCAAAAUCAACAACAGAGAGAUUACAGUUAGUCUCGGAGAUCUUGGAUGAUCCUGUAACGCAAACAAUUGUUACACCAGACUUCUUUAAAUGUGCGUGCAGUCCGAACAUUAAAUCAAAACUUAUUCAGGAUUGUAUGUGGUCUGGUAACUUGGAAGAGGAUCAGGACUGUUCUGAUGAGAAAACAGACGAAAAACCAGUUGAAAAGAAGCCUGCUUCAUCGAGCGUGGUUAUCAAUGCUAACACCGAAUGUGUGGACCCUUCAUCAGUCUUUCCCUACCCCAUCAACGAAACAACCAAGACAGCAGUGUUCAAACCAAAAGAGUCGCUCGGCAUCGAAACGCCCUCUGAAUCUGAAGAUGAUGAAUCUGACGAGUAUGAUGAUGAUGAUGAUGAAGAAAUUGAUGUGGUGACGGUCGAGCGAACCAUCAAAACCUCCAAACGACGGCUACCUACAGUACAAGUCGUUCCAAAUAUCAAAAUCAAAGUCAAAGCACACUCCGUCCUUCCACGAUCAUCCCCAGUGAAUUCUCCCAUCCACAAAUCCUUUCACAACUAUUCCAUGAAGAGGAAAUCAUUAUCGUUACCUGGCUCUCCUCAACCCAGUUCAAAGAAGUUAAAACGUGAACUGAGUAUGCAGGACUUCAAAAAUGCAGUCAAUAAGUUCAAUUCAAAUAGCUACAGUGAUGGACGGACUAGCCGGUCAGGUUCAGAUUCGGAGGACUGUGAGGAAAAACGUGCCCAACAUAAUGUGCUUGAACGAAAGCGACGGAAUGAUUUGAAAUUUAGUUUCUUUGGUCUGAGAGAUCAGAUCCCUGAUUUGGAACGACAGGAACGGGCACCGAAGGUCAUGAUUUUGAGGAAAGCCUCCGACUAUAUCAUUGGUUUACGACGAGAACAGCGACGAUUAGAACAUUUGAAACAAGCUGAGCAGAGUAGAAAGGAACAGCUGUUGAAGCGGAUAGCUCAACUCAGGCGGACUUGUUAAUGCUUUUGUCCAAUAGACUUCCCAAUCGAUCGUGGCCAAAUCAACGAGAAGUGUUGUUUCAGAUCUCAGGACUGACUAUUCAAUCAGGUUCUCUGAUUGUUGUUUUGUUAUGUCGAGUGAAAUGUGAUCAAAGACGGUUUGAAAGCUUCAGUUUUCUGUGUUAUGUUGCAUAUCAUGUUGGAAUCAGAGGUUGAAAGGAGAUUUGUAAAUGGAGUGACAUUUAAAGAAAUAAGCGAAGGUGGCUUGCAUGUUAUUUGCAACCCUCCUGUCUGGAAUGAAUGGUUGAUGGUGUCCUUGCACAGCAUUAUGUGGCUUUCGGAUUUGAUAUUACAAAUUGACAGAUCUGUUUUCGACAGAAAAAUAGACUUUAUUUGCUAUUGUCAUUUGUUGUCCAAUUGUUGAUUGACAUCAGCCCCCAAUGUUCAGCCAAUCAUAGAUAGUGGGAAUUGAUAUUGUCAGAAUGCAUUUUCAGCUUGCUGACUGCACUGCCCGAUUAAUAGGUGAAACAGUAGAAUAGAUUGAUCAUAGAUAUUGUAGGUGCAGUUUAGGAAUUGAAGGAAGAUUUGCACAAACUUGACGGUGUACAAAUGUAUGUGCUUUUGCACUACAUAGUAUGUAUGUAUUUGUAUCUAAAGACAUUUUUACAAUUGGACAAGUUCAAACAUCAAUAUUCUUUUAUGUUCUAAGUUGCUAACUCAGUGACCAAGGAAUUCUUUUGGUUCAGUUUGAUUAAAAUUGCCAGGUAUGCAACAUUUCUGGAUGUACAUUUUUGUAGAAAAUCGUUUCAAAUUUAUAAUUACUCAAGGAGAGUAUUUUAUUUUUAAUAAAUUUACUUUGUAUUAAAAUUGACUAUAAAUCCAAGAUAUAAAAAAAAAAGUAUAUAAAAAGAUGCAACUUUUAUUUGUGAGGGCUUCACUGGCUUGAUUUAUAAAGAAAGAAACUUCGUAAAAAAAUGUUAUAAAAAAAUAUAAAAAGUAAAAAUGCACACCACUGCCACACCCAUUUGAGUUUUUUACUUUUAUAAGAUUUACAAAGUUUUGAGAUGUUUAUUUUAGAGAGAAAAAAGUUGAAAUAUUUGCCAGUGUUGUUCCUGGGAGUUGGAGGAGGGUGUUUUUGACCUCGGGUUGCAUUUUUCUGUGCAAAAUAAUCAGGUAUGGGACCAGUUGUACUGAGAGUUUCCGUGGUAACGGCCUACUACCUAUGUGGUACCAGAUUUCUUGGGGUGUAUUUAGAAAAUGCUUCUUGCUGAUAUUUUUCGUCCCAAUGUUCAUGUUGAGCAGAAGAGGGGGCCUGAAAAACUGCUUUGAAGUGUGUUUAGGGGGGGGGGGGUUGUGGUGCCUGAUUCAAUAGAAAAGUAUUCAUCAGUCUGCAAGUAUAAACUAUACCAACUUAACUAAGGCUCUUACUAAUCAACACACCUUCUGUAUUACCACUGAACUUGUGGUCACCUAAGAACAAUUGAUGAAAUAUUUUCCUCCAGUAAUGAACAUCCAUAAAUCUUUAUCAAAUUAAAUUCUAUCGAGUGCCCACUUUUCAACUUUUCUCAAAGACAACCCUUUAUUGAAAAGUUGUUUGCAGUUCUUUUAUCUGAAAUUGUAUGCCUUUCUUGGCCACAAGUCUAAGAAAACCGUCACUGACAUGUAUGAUGAAAUUAGAUAAUGUUUGAUGUACAUGUGGUAAUGUUCUUGUUUCUGCUUUUCCAAAAGAAGUGAUUUGAGGAAAAAUAAUAGAUCUGUAAACAACAACUUACUUCAGGGUUGACCAUGUUGGUAUUCUGCGAUGAAAUAUGAGGACAGAACGAAAUGCACAGCAGUUGUCUUUACCCAAUGAAUGCUUGCAAAAUCCUGCAUAUCGACUACUCUAAAAUCAAUCAGGAGCUGUCACCACUGUAGAUUUGUCAGGGAAGACUAGAAGAGGGGGCAAUGAUCUUCAGUAUUCUGGCAUCUCCUGAGCGAGUUUGCAGUAAUUGUAUUGAAUAGCAGAGGGGAAGUCAACCUUUUUUCUUGAGGUCUCAGCGAGAGGCCUUCAAUAAAGUUUUGGACAACUGGUUCCAAAAUAUCUUUUUUGUAUGAAAUGGCUGCCAAUGAGAACUGAUACUCUGAAGAACUUUUUGUGACUUCGCACAAUAUAUUUGUUUUAGUAUCCUGUCUCAAUGUUCAUAGUCUUAUACAUCUUGAUCCCUUGUACGUGUUGUAAGGGUUUGUUACAAAUUCAGUGUCUUCCAAAGCCCUUCGCAUUUAGGUUGAAACAUUUAUGACUUAAAGUUGCUCAAUUCAAUUUUUGUAGGUUCUCAAUCUCAGGGCCCAUCACUGAAUUUCAGAUGAACAAUAUCAUGUACUUUCAUCAUAGAAUGUAUAACUGAAGUAUCAGUAGUCAUUUCACUGAAUUUUCCAGAUCUGUCAGUUUUCAUCGGUAUCCGCCACAAUGUGUUCAAUUCAAUUUUACAAAAUUUGCAUAGCUCUGUCCGCCUGUUCUGUACAUAAGAUUUAUUUUAUACAACUCAAUAUAUCGUUAUAGUAUACAUGUAUGUAGAAAAAUUAAUCAGGAGUUAAAAGGACACUAUCUCAUCUUUGGCUGUGUAGCAAUCCGUAAUAUACUUUAAAAACUCCUGCCCGCUUCUGGGAAAUGAAUAUGCUGAAAUCAUUAACUGCAUUUUGGGGUAAUGAUCUCUUUAAAUGUUGUCAUUCUAAAAAUCUAAUUUCGAUCAGUUUAAGAAUGUAUUUUCAAAAUCAAACGUUGUCAGUAACAAGAGAGACUGCUGCACUGCCAAAGUUGAGGUCGUGUUCUGUCAUUGGAGCAUUUCUGUAUAGAUAGUAAUCAUGCCAAAUAUAUUCUGUAAAAUAUGUAUCAUAACCCGAUUUAGUUAUACACAAUAGAUAGACUGGGAUGAGGGAAAAAUAGUAUGUCUGACUGGCCCAUGAUGUCAAAAUGUCAAAAAUAAUCCGGUCAUUUCCAUCUAAUUCUGUCUUGAUGGGAAAGCCAAGGACAAACAUGUUUCUCACUUUUUCACAUCGUAUGCCUUCACAAAGUUAUAUUUCUAUGGUGAAUUUCAACAUUUUUUGGUUGGUUCAACGUGGCAUCCUAAAACCUUAAAUUGUUACCCCUCGUUCAGAGUAUUAAAAAACCCAGAAAUUCUAUAAAGAGUGACCAAUUCGGUAAACUUGUGUCUGAUUGUGAGAGUGUUUGUUGCCUGUGUGAAUGUUUCUUUCAAGUCCCAACCAAUAAUGUAACCCUCACUGUCUUGAUAAAUUCAAUUUGAGGGGGUUGGUAUGUAUUCAAUGCGAAAAAAGUGGCAAGUUUAUUGAAUUGCAUGGUCAGUUGUAUGUAAUAAGAAUUCGAUUUGUUAAUGAAUUCAUGGGUCAGUAAGUGACUAGGAACUACCCAGUAUCGCUGUCAUAAUGUGCUUAGUUAUGAUGUUGAAUUUCAAAAACAUGCGACCUCCAUACCAGAAUACAUACUAACUGAUCUUGUCAUCUCUUCCAAGUUAAAUAAUCAAAACAACGAUUUGUAAUUCUUAAAAUACUUGUUUUAAAAGUUUUCCUCACCAUUUUCUAAAUUCUUAAAAUUUCCUUUCCUUUUGCUUUGCUUAUCUUUCUAACAGUUGGACUCCUAUAUAGAUUCAUGGGCUGUCCUUCCCGGUCCAUUAUUAACUUUUUCAUACUUUUUCAUUUAUAUCAGUUUGACAAUAAAUGACUAUUUUCCUUGAAA